AUGAGGAGGACAUACAGACUGCUGGUUCCAUCACACAUCAGAAAGACAGGACAUACAGACUGCUGGUUCCAUCACACAUCAGAAAGACAGGACAGACAGACUGCUGGUUCCAUCACACAUCAGAAAGACAGGACAGACAGACUGCUGGUUCCAUCACACAUCAGAAAGACAGGACAUACAGACUGCUGGUUCCAUCACACAUCAGAAAGACAGGACAGACAGACUGCUGGUUCCAUCACACAUCAGAAAGACAGGACAGACAGACUGCUGGUUCCAUCACACAUCAGAAAGAUAGGACAGACAGACGGCUGGUUCCAUCACACAUCAGAAAGACAGGACAGACAGACUGCUGGUUCCAUCACACAUCAGAAAGACAGGACACAACAGACUGCUGGUUCCAUCCCACAUCAGAAAGACAGGACAUACAGACUGCUGGUUCCAUCCCACAUCAGAAAGACAGGACAGACAGACUGCUGGUUCCAUCACACAUCAGAAAGACAGGACACAACAGACUGCUGGUUCCAUCCCACAUCAGAAAGAAAGGACACAGACUGCUGGUUCCAUCCCACAUCAGAAAGACAGGACACAACAGACUGCUGGUUCCAUCCCACAUCAGAAAAGAGAGAUGAGGAGGACAGACAGACUGCUGGUUCCAUCACACAUCAGAAAGACAGGACAGACAGACUGCUGGUUCCAUCACACAUCAGAAAGACAGGACAGACAGACUGCUGGUUCCAUCACACAUCAGAAAGACAGGACAGACAGACUGCUGGUUCCAUCACACAUCAGAAAGACAGGACAGACAGACUGCUGGUUCCAUCACACAUCAGAAAGACAGGACAGACAGACUGCUGGUUCCAUCACACAUCAGAAAGACAGGACACAACAGACUGCUGGUUCCAUCCCACAUCAGAAAGACAGGACAUACAGACUGCUGGUUCCAUCCCACAUCAGAAAGACAGGACAGACAGACUGCUGGUUCCAUCACACAUCAGAAAGACAGGACACAACAGACUGCUGGUUGCAUCCCACAUCAGAAAGACAGGACACAACAGACUGCUGGUUCCAUCCCACAUCAGAAAGACAGGACACAGACUGCUGGUUCCAUCCCACAUCAGAAAGAAAGGACACAGAGAUCAACUAAGACACAGACAAUAUCUUCAAAUUAGAGUACAACUCAGUAGUACAAAACAAGCAAUUAAAAGUAACCAUUACUUGAUAUAUCAAGUUUAUGAUUAUUAG